CCGUGUGUAGAUGAGGAGAGGAGUGUGUGUAGAUGAGGAGAGGAGUGUGUGUAGAUGAGGAGAGGAGUGUGUGUAGAUGAGGAGAGGAGUGUGUGUUGAUGCGGAGAGGAGUGUGUGUUGAUGCGGAGAGGAGUGUGUGACACAGUGAACCUCUGAGUGGAGGUGAACUCUGAAGUGGGAAGUCGGAGUUUGCGGAAGUGCAGCUCGUGUUUUCGGGCAUUUCCCUGAAAGUGAAAGCUACAUGACGUGUCCAGCGACAGCCCGGAUCAGGUGGAAGCUCAACAAAGAACCCAUUGAGACAGUUUAAGUCACGAGAAAAGCUCAGGGAAAACAAGCAGAAUAAGAGGUAAACGAAAACACUUCAUAAACAGAGGAAGAGCUGGAGAAAGUGGAGAAGUGGCAGAAUGGCAGAAAAGAUUGAAAACGAGGAAGAGGAAGAAUCUCUCAGUGACGAGGAGCUCGAGCCUCUCAGUGUGGAUGAUUAUCAGAUGCUUCUGCAGUUGUUAAAGAUUAACCUGCCUAAAGGAGCUUUAAAUCCUGAGGUCAGUCAACGCUUGGCACAUCCUGAUGUCAUCAAAGAUUCAAAAACAAUUGUACAAGAUCUGAGAAACGCUAAAAUCACAGUAGUUGACAAACCUCGUCUGUCGUGUGUGAAGGUUAAACGCGCUUACGACCUGAAAGAGAGAGGCAAGAUUACAGACAUCAUACAGAUUUUAUUUUUUAAAACAUGUAAAAAAGCCUCAGAGAACAGCUUAAAGAAACGGUGGGAAAAAAACGCUCCUAAAAGCGGCUGCAGGUUCAGGAUGAGAGGCACGUUUAAUGAGACGCCGAUCUCCACUCCUGAAAAGUGGCUCAGUUCUGCAGGCGCUGGAAAAGCCUGGUUUGGGAAUCCAGAAGACAACAAAAACAACGCAACAGACUGCUUCGGAUUCUUCCUCAGAGAGAAAGGGCUUGAUAUAGAAGGCGUGAAGUACAGAAGAGAAUAUCCGGUGGAAUCUGGGUUUAUCUCUGGAAGGUUGGACUUUUUAUUAGAUAUUACAGAUCCAGCUGGAAGCAGUGAAACGUCACUGAGUGAGAAAAUCAUAAUCGAAUGUAAAGGUACAAAAGGCAACAUGGUGGGGGACGUGUUCACUUUACCACAUGAUGAAAGUCAUCAAGCUGAAUUCAACAAAUCUCAUGAGUAUUAUUAUCAAACUCAGGCCUAUCUGUACAUCCUGAAAAAGGAACUAACUCCAGUUCCGGUGAGAGCUGUGAUGGUGGUGAAACUCGCCGCUGAAGACAAGCCGAAGUUCUACUGGGGCGAAGUGAGCGACGACACCGAGCACAUCGAGAAACUGAACCACUUCUGCCAAGAGGAGGCGCUGCCUCGGUUCCUGGCUGUUCUCAACCUCAUCUUUCGGAAAGUGAAGGAAAGAGGAGGAGCCGGAGUGAUGGAAAGAGACGGAGAGAUGGAAAGCAUCAGCAGCAGUUGAUCACUCUAUAGGGAAUUUGAAAUAACUCUAAAUAAAGCUGUAAUAAUUCAGUGUCUGUUGUGUAGAAGAAGAGAAAUGUCUGUAAUAUCGUGUGUAAUCACCUGCUACAUUCACGCAAAUCCAACACUGAUCUUUUAAAAUAAUCAACAACAAGAACAAAUUCACUCCUACACAAUUCUAACACACACACACACACACACUAACAUCAAAAAUACACAAGUAACUAACACAAAGUUGUGUAAUGUGCACAGUAAACUCUCCAGUGUACACCUGCCUGUUUAUUUAGUGUUUAAUCAAGAUGAAUUGUGUUAUUGUAGUCGUUAGUGAGCAGAGGUGCGGACACACCUUUAAAACAUCUGGGGUGAAAUGUGAUGAACUGUUUGUGGUGCUGGAAUCGGCAUCAUGUCUUCAUGAGGAAUAUUUCCCAGGUGUUUUUGUGAACUUGGCAGGAUUUUUUCUGUGACUGCACUCGGGUCUUCUGAAAACCCUGAUGUGGAAUAGAGAGAUUAUUCAUCAUGUAAAACAUCACAUGUACAGUAUGAACUGAAAUAAAACAGUUAAUGCGA